GCCAGCCAAAUCCUUUGAGAAAAUGUCACAUAGAAGAACUGAGUAAUAUAAAAAGUGGAUAAAUUCAAAUUAGCAAAUAGCUUUACCAUUUCAAUAAUUAGAGCAUCAAGGUCAGUUUUAUAGAAAGGUUUUUGUCUUCCAUGAUGAUUUCAUGAUGGCCUCUACUGUGCAUUCCUAGUGACCAUGACUUUCAAAUAGCCUGCCAGCACUGCUACAAGAAUGGAAAGCCAGAUAAUAACUUGAUUUCCUGAUUAGAGGUUUGAUAAGAUCUGAUUACUAGGUAACUCAUGAAUGAGAGAACAGUUAUGGUGCAGUCAGAGAUGGCCACUGAGCAUCUUUUCAGGCCUGUGGCCAUUUGUACCUCAAUGUCCAACAUUCCUGGAAUUUUGAAGCAAUUUUGUGCCAAGUUGAGAAACUGAAAGAUGUUGCCCUUAGAAGCCCUCAGAGUUUAUGUGAUCACUGCAUGAUCUCAUAAAGCAGCAUGUUUCUGAUCUUGAUGGUAUGAAAUCACUGCAGAAAGAUAGUUGUCAAGAUAGAUGCAUGCACAAAAUUGUGCGAAUGGGCACUGUGUGAAAAGUAGCACAGAAAUUUUGGGGCCAAAAUUCCUUGGAUCAUGGUCUCAAUUCUUCAAGAGGACUGUGAAUGUCUAAAGAUGAAAGAAGUACAGUAGGCUUCUGUGCCUCAUGAUGAUUAACUCAGUAAUCUGUAUGGGAUAUAUUUUCAGAUGUGGAUAAUUUCAUUCAUUUCUUUAAAAAUUGUGUUUGUAUGUUUGUGGCAGCCCUGUUUGUAGUGGCUAGAAACUGGAAAAUGAAUGGAUGCCCAUCAAUUGGAGAAUGGCUGGGUAAAUUGUGGUAUAUGAAUGUUAUAGAAUAUUAUUGUUCUGUAAGAAAUGACCAGCAGGAUGAAUACAGAGAGGACUGGCGAGACUUACAUGAACUGAUGCUAAGUGAAAUGAGCAGAACCAGGAGAUCAUUAUACACUUCGACAACGAUAUUGUAUGAGGACAUAUUUUGAUGGAAGUGGAUUUCUUUGACAAAGAGACCUAGCUGAGUUUCAAUUGAUAAAUGACGGACAAAAGCAGCUACACCCAAAGAAAGAACACUGGGAAACGAAUGUGAACUAUCUGCAUUUUUUGUUUUUCUUCCCGGGUUAUUUAUACCUUCUGAAUCCAAUUCUCCCUAUGCAACAAGAGAACUGUUCGGUUCUGCACACAUAUAUUUUAUCUAGGAUAUACUGCAACAUAUCCAACAUAUAAAGGACUGCUUGCCAUCUAGGGGAGGGGGUGGAGGGAGGGAGGGGAAAAAAUUGGAACAGAAACGAGUGCAAAGGAUAAUGUUGUAAAAAAAAAAUUACCCUGGCAUGGAUUCUGUCAAUAUAAAGUAAUUAUUAAAUUAAAAAAAAAUUGUGUUUGUUAGGGUGAGCUAGGCAGCGGGGUAGAUAGAGCACCAGCUCUAUCUGAGUUCAAAUCUGGCCUCAGACACUUAACACUUCUUCGCUGUGUGACCCUGGGCAAGUCACUUACCCCAAUUUCCUCAGCCAAAAAAAAAAAAUGUGUUUUUUAAAUGGAUAUUCAGGGGUAUGUGAUGAUAUAUAUAUUUUAAAAUAAAAAAAAGUAAUGGCUACCUCAAUAAAAAAAUAAUGGUUCAGAACAAAAUCACUUAGGCCUCAGAUAAAAUACCCAAAAAAUAGUAUUAGUAUUCUGAAUGUGACCUCAGAUAAUGUAACAGAAAAAAGUUGAAAGUGAUCCCCAAAAUGUGAAGAUAAUGAAAGCUUAAGAGAAAAAUUGAAUGAGAUACUUUGCAAAUUACUGUAGGCAGUGCAUGGUCAUUCAUUCACAAAAUAUGAAUUCUAGUUUCAGCUGCUGAGAUUUGGGUCAAUUAGACUGAUGGUCUAAUCUGUGCACAUAAGUGAGAGUGAAGUCACUUUCUGUAUUGUCACAGGUUUACUGAGCUAAUGAAGCUCAGUAGAAAUUCAGUCAUCCUUGGGAUGUGAGCUAAUGGAAUUUUUAAGUGAUGAAUUCUGUCCAUUAAAGAUUUUUCUUUUAACUGAGGAAAUAGGAAAUAACUAAGUUUCUCUUCUGAUGGAGGGAAGUGGCUAUAAAUAUACAUGUGUGUGUGAAUACAUAUGUGUGGUGUCUGUAUUCAAUUUAUUGUUGUCUUUUUUUUUUUCAGAAAGAGAGAUUAUACUUGACAUUAAGGAAAGUACUAGAGAUCUAAGCCCUUUUGUGGUAGAAUCUCUCAAGCCAAGAUUCAUCAAUGAUGUUCCUUUAUCACAGAAAGAGAUCUGUGAUAAAUAUGAGAAAAUCCACAUUGGUGAGAAAUCUUAUGAGCAUAAGCAGAGAGGAAAGACUUUCACAAAAAGGGGAACUAUUACUAGACAUGACAGAAUUAACACUGGAGAGAAACCUUAUGAAUGUAAGCAAUGUGGAAAAGCUUUUACAAAAAAGAAAGUUCUUAUUGUGCAUCAAAGAAUCCACACUGGAGAGAAACCUUAUAAAUGUAACCAAUGUGGAAAGACUUUUACUAAAAGGGAAGUCCUUACUGUACAUCAGAGAAUCCACACUGGAGAGAAACCUUACAAAUGCAACCAAUGUGGAAAGGACUAUCGAGAAAAGGGAGCUCUUAUUGUACAUCGGAGAAUCCACACUGGAGAGAAACCUUAUGAAUGUAGCCAUUGUGGGAAGACUUUUAGACAAAAAGGAGCUCUUAUUGUACAUCAGAGAAUCCACACUGGAGAGAAACCUUAUAAAUGUAACCAGUGUGAAAAGGCUUUUACAGAAAAGGACUCUCUUACUGUUCAUCAGAGGAUCCACACUGGAGAGAAACCUUAUAAAUGUAACCAAUGUGGAAAGGCUUUUACAAAAAGGGAAUCUCUUACUGUACAUCAGAGAAUCCACACUGGAGAGAAACCUUAUAAAUGUAACCAAUGUGGAAAGGCUUUUACAAAAAGGACAGCUCUUACAGUACAUCGAAGAAUCCAUACUGGAGAGAAACCUUAUAAAUGUAAUCAAUGUGGAAAGGCUUUUGCACAAAGAGGAACUCUUACUGGACACCAAAGAAUCCAUACGGGAGAGAAACCUUAUAAAUGUGACCAAUGUGGAAAAGCUUUUACAGAAAGGGGAACCCUUACUGAACACCUGAGAAUCCACACUGGAGAGAAACCUUAUGAAUGUAACCAGUGUGGAAAGACUUUUAGGCAAAAGGGAGCUCUUAUUGUACAUCAGAGAACUCACACUGGAGAGAAACCUUAUAAAUGUAACCAGUGUGGAAAAGCUUUUACAGAAAGGAGAACUCUUACUGGACAUCAGAGCAUCCACACUGGAGAAAAAGCUUAUGAAUGUAACCAAUGUGGAAAGGGUUUUGCAAAAAGGGAAUCUCUUAGUGCACAUCAAAGAAUCCACACUGGAGAGAAACCUUAUGAAUGUAACAAGUGUGGAAAGGCUUUUAUAAAAAGGGAAGCUCUUACUGUACAUCAAAGAAUCCACACUGGAGAGAAACCUUAUAAAUGUAAUCAUUGCGGAAAGACUUUUACUCAAAGGGGAACUCUUACUGCACAUCAGAGAAGCCACACUGGAAAGAAAUUUUAUAAAUGUAACCUAUCUGGAAAGGCAUUUAGAGGAAGGAGAACUCUUAGUUGACAUCAGAGCAUCCAUAUUGGAGAGAAAUUUUAUGAAUGUAACCAAUGUGGAAAGACUUUAACAAAACAGGGAAAGCUUAUUGUACAUUAGAAGAACCACACUGGAGAGAAUCCUUGUAAAUGUAACCAAUGUGGAAAGGUUUUUACAUGGAGGGGUAAGUUUAUUGGACAUCAGAAAAUCCAUACUAGAGGGAAACCUUAUAAAUGUAAUUAGUGUGGAAAGGCUUUUACAGAAAAAGAGUCUCUUAAUAUGCAUCAGAGAAUCUCCUCUUCGAGAGAAAUCUUAUGAAUGUAACCAAUUUGGGAAAGGCUUAUAGAGAAAAGGGAGCUCUUAUUGUUUGUUAGAGAAUCCACACUGGAGAGAAACCUUAUAAAUGUAAGCAAUGUGGAAAGGCUUUUACGGCAAAGGGAACUCUUACUAGACAUCAGAAAAUUCACACUGGAGAGAAAUCUUAUGAAUGUAGCUAAUAUAGAAAGGGUUUUAUAUAAAAAUCUAAUUUUUUUUUGCUAGAUCUGUGACAAAACAUAAAGGCAAUAAAAUGAGAAGGAAAAUGAAUUAGGGAGAGAAAAAUCAGAGAUGAUGUGCUGCUGCUGCCUUCCAUAUGUAGCUUCCCUUGAUAUAACCCUACAGGAUAGGAACAUUAAAGAUGCCUAGGGAGAGCAGAUGGCUUUUUAAAAGCAUACUGUAGCCUUCUUUUCUAUUUGAUCACAUACUUGAAAGCCUUCCCAGUAGAAUGGAAAAAUAAUUAUUUUGGUGUCAGAUGACAUGGGUUGAAAUUUUGUUUCUGUACCUCUGGGGUCUUGGGAAACUAAUUUAAGAGUGCAUUCUUGUGGUGUUCUCUUCUUUUCUAGAAUAUGAUGGUUCUCUGGGAACAGGUUAUUGGGGAGGUUCCUGGAGGCAGCCUUAGUUUCAGUUCCAAUCAAUAAUCACCUCAAAUGCAGCCAGCUGAUAAAAGUUCAAAUCUUUUAUUGUCUCUUCCAAAAUAGUCCAGUUAGCUUUCUUUGGUUCCAAGGACUCUCGUUGCUUGUCCUUUGCCUUUAGCUCAACUUCGACUCCUCACUUCUCAAUCUCCCAACUGAUUCUUGCUGAGACUGAGAGCUUCUUAUAUAUGAUCUUUUAAAGGUGUGAACCCAAAGGUUGACUUCUCCUCUGAGAGAGUGGGAUUAUGGAUGGUGUAAACUUAGAUAUCUCCUGACUUGUGAACUCCUCAUCUCUAAUGUGUGAAUUCUCCCAAAGGUGUGAACUCCAAAGGUGUAAACCCAAGCACAUAAGCACUGUUUCUAUCAAUUCCAUUGAGUUAACACUAGGAUUCUAACAUCUCCUGCUUUCUUUUGAUUUAGAACAUAGGUGGUCAUGACUUCCCUGACUUCUCAAGGAGACGAGAACCCCCAAAAGAAGGUGCUCAUUGGAUUCCUUCUCCAUCUGUAGAAACACAACCAAACCAUUUCUCCCAAGUAGUUAAUCUAUCUAAUCCCUUCUAGUUACCACUUUCUAGAUUUCUCCUCAUCACCUGGCAAUUACAUUGGAGCUGCUCACACUGGACACUGCUCUUCUGUUGGGUUAUAAAACCUGUCUGCUGGAGCCAGUGCAUCUUUAUCAAAAACUUAAAAAUUAAUGGUAUAGAGAGCUAAAUUUAAAAGUUCUUUAGGGUUACCUGUGACUCCCCAUUUCUUUUGUUUUGGGAGGAGUGUCUUAAUGCCUCUAUUUCUCCUCUCUACUAUUGCCUAAUCUUGAAGAUUAAAAGGUAUGCCAGUGGUGUGUAAGAUCUUAUACUAUACACAAAAGUGUACAAAAUGUUUAGAAGCAUAUGCAGGUCCAUUAUCUGUUUUUAUUGCUUGUGGCACUCAUAAUUGCAAAAGCUUGUAUAAGGAAUUCAGUGACCACUCGGGCUGUCUCUUGCUACUGGUAUUGCAAAAGUGAAGUCUGAAAAGGUGUCUACUACAACAUGGAUAAAAGACAGACAACCAAAAGAUUUAUAAUGAGUCAUAUUCAUUUGCCAGAUUUCAUUGGGUCUCAAGCCACGAGGGUUCAUCCCUGGAGGGAGUGUAGGAGCAUGGAAAGGAAGGCAGGCUGUAUAGGCUUUUACUGUGCUCCUAGCUUCCUCUUUUGUUAACCCAAAUUGUAAACGUAAAGCUCGAGCAGCCUGAUGGUAUUUAGAAUGGGAUUCCUGGGCUUCCAAAUAAAGGAGUACUGUAUAAUAUAGUUAAAAGGCUAUCUGCCUUUGAUUUUCCAUCAAAAAUAGGACCUGAAAGUCCACUAUGUGAGUGGACAUGAAAGCUAUAAAUCUUACCUGGAUUCUUUCUCAUUUGCUCUUGAAGUUCCUUAAAGAGCUGAUAAAUAUUAGAAACUGCAAAUUUUAUUUGGGCUGUGGCAGUUCUUUGUACAACACCUACUGAGUAGGCUGAAUCAGAUAUUAUAUCUCCUGGAUAAUAAGUAAGAGCUAGCAUGAUUGCAUGAACUAAUGGACAAAAGAUUCCUUUUGAACUAGUUCUAGGACUUAUGGACAUGUAUAAUUCCUCAUGUUGAUUCAUCACUACUAGCCUGUGUUAUAUUGCUAUGUGCUUAUGUAAUUUAUGUAAUUAUGUGUAAUACCUCCCAUGUUGGUAAUACACCUUGUUUCAAGUGAGCCCCUUCAGAAACCCACUAAUCUGAUUUGAUUUCUCAUUUUCUUUGGGGUGUUCAUCUCACUUCCUGAGACAUUAGGGAGGGCAUGAUCACCUCCUUUUAUGGUGUUUUCACCCUUUUUUGAGCAGUCAGGGAAGGCGUGAUCGUCUCCUUUUUUGAGGUUUGCAUCUCCUUGAGAACAUAGAGCAUGCCUCCCUCUAUUCUAAAAACAAAAGAAAGCGGGAGAUGUUAUGGGCCAGAACUCUGAACUUGAAACAAAGGAUGCUUACAAGGUACUAAGUGGAAUUGAUAGAGACAAUAGUUAUCUAGUUUAAUAUGGUUCAGUAUGAUUGAUUUAAUUCUACAACAAAUAAUGGUUUCUUAGUGAUAUAAUGAUAGGUUUAUACUCAGUGUAGAACAUAUAAGCUAGAAGUCUCAACCAGGGGAUUUGGAGAGAACUAGAGACAUUUGAAGAGAAGGCAAAGGAGUGGCGGCAGGAGCUUAAGCUCUCAGAACCAAGGGGAGAAAUUCAAUUCGAUCUUCGAUCUUCCUGGUGGCUGGCCUGGAGUCCUGCACUUCCCUCAUUAAGACCAAGGCCAGACUAAAAGGCUCUCCAGAAAACUGCUCAGCAGGAAGGAGAUAAUAAAGGAUCUAGACUAUAAGAAAGCUAACUGGGCCCCAAGAAAAGAGACAAGACUUUGAAAGAGAUAAUAAAGGAUUUGGACUUUAACACCUGACUGCACUUGUGGUGAUUACUGAACUGAAAUGAAGACUAUCCCAGAGACCCCCAAGAAAACCCAACAAGAGAACAUUACAUUUUGGCGAGAAUAUUACAAUUCCACACAUUAAAAAACAAAACAAAACAUUUACUUAAGUAUAACCUAAAAAGGACCUUUUGUAAAGUCACUAGAGUUCCUUAGGUUGAGAACACCAGGCUCCUCUUGCUUUCACAGGAGAGUUCUGCUCAGUACAACAAAGGAAUACAUCAUCUUGGGAAUUCUGUCCUACCUGAAGCACCCUAAUUUCACAGAGGUAGACUUUUUUUUUUCUGAAACAAUUGCAGUUAAGUGACUUGCUUAGGGUCACACAAAAGGGGUAGAUUUCUUCGCCUUUUAGCUUUCUAGUUAGACAUGCUAGCUUGUUCAGAGCUCCUCAGAAUACUGCUCAGAGGGAGGAACAUGGAGUCUUUGUCCACUGUGUAAGUCUAAUUCUGUGACCAGCCUUUUCACCUUCCAGGAAAGAAAACAAAACUGACCCAACCAUGUAACAGGAGAAGGACAGCAUUCCAAGGGAUGAUGGCUCUUUUACCAAAGCUGAUAAGCUCAACGGAGAGGGAGCUACCUUUGGCAGCCAGUAGGUGAGAGGUCAAUCUAGUGCCAAGACUGAAGGAAGAAAAUCAGCACUGAAUUAAGCACUUGUCAAUGUCUCCCCUGGUCCUUAUAGCAAACUCUGGUGGCAUUAUUUUCAUCUUAUUUUUACUUAUGUAGUCAGGAAAAUCUUAUUGGUUUACUUCACUUUUUAAAUUCAAAUUCUUUUUUUACAAGAAAAAAUAGAUUUCUCUCCCUUCCCAUUCUGCCAUGUCAUCCUGUUGAAAAAAAAAAAAAAACAAACCAAGAAACAAUAACCCUCUAUCACAAGAACAUAUGCUUUCAAAUUAAAUAAAAUUUCUUAUUGGACAUAUUUAAAGAA